CGGUUCCCGCGGGAGUCGUUUCAAAUACGGAUACGCAAGGCAGGCCGUUUGAGACUGAGAGUUCGCGCUUUUCUUCAGGCAUGAGUCAUGAGGCGGUGAAAAACGUGCAGGAGGUGGAUCAGCAGUUGGCUGAUCUAAACCUGAACUCUGAUAAUAAUCAGAGUGGAGGAGGAAGUACAGCUAGCAAAGGGCGCUAUAUACCUCCUCACUUAAGAAAUAGGGAAGCAUCUAAAGGAUUUUAUGGUAAAGACAGUUCAGGGUGGAGCUGUAGUAAAGAAAAGGAUGCCUACAGCAGUUUUGGAUCUCGAGAUUCAAGAGGAAGACCCAGUUACUUCAGUGAUCGAGGAAGUGGGUCAAGGGGAAGGUUUAAUGAUCGUGGGCGGAAUGACUGUGAAGGUAUUGGCAGUCGUGGUGACAGAACUGGCUUUGGCAGAUACGAGCGUAGUGGACACAGUCGUUGGUGUGACAAGUCAGAUGAUGAUGAUUGGUCAAAACCACUUCCACCAAGUGAACGCUUGGAGCAGGAGCUCUUUUCUGGAGGAAACACUGGGAUUAACUUUGAGAAAUAUGAUGAUAUACCAGUAGAGGUAACCGGCAAUAACUGUCCUCCCCACAUUGAAAGUUUCAGCGAUGUUGCAAUGGGAGAAAUUAUUAUGGGAAACAUUGAGCUUACUCGUUACACACGUCCUACUCCAGUGCAAAAACAUGCCAUUCCCAUUAUUAAAGAAAAAAGAGACCUGAUGGCUUGUGCCCAAACAGGGUCUGGGAAAACUGCAGCAUUUCUUUUGCCCAUCUUGAGUCAGAUUUAUACAGAUGGUCCAGGCGAGGCUUUGAAAGCUGUGAAGGAAAAUGGAAGGCAUGGACGCCGUAAACAGUAUCCAAUCUCCUUGGUUUUAGCCCCAACAAGAGAGCUGGCUGUACAGAUCUAUGAGGAAGCCAGGAAAUUUUCAUACCGGUCUCGAGUUCUUCCUUGUGUGGUAUACGGUGGUGCUGAUAUUGGUCAACAGAUUCGAGAGUUAGAACGUGGAUGUCACUUGUUAGUUGCUACUCCAGGACGCCUGGUGGAUAUGAUGGAAAGAGGAAAGAUUGGGUUAGAUUUCUGCAAAUACUUGGUGUUGGAUGAAGCUGAUAGGAUGCUGGAUAUGGGAUUUGAACCUCAAAUUCGUCGUAUAGUUGAACAAGACACUAUGCCACCAAAGGGUGUUCGCCAUACCAUGAUGUUUAGUGCUACUUUUCCUAAGGAAAUUCAGAUGCUUGCGCGUGACUUCUUGGAUGAAUAUAUCUUCCUGGCUGUAGGUAGAGUUGGCUCUACCUCUGAGAACAUCACACAAAAAGUAGUUUGGGUGGAAGAGGCAGACAAACGGUCAUUUCUGCUUGAUCUCUUAAAUGCAACAGGGACUGAUUCGCUGACUUUAGUUUUUGUGGAGACCAAAAAAGGGGCUGAUUCUUUGGAGGAUUUCUUAUACCAUGAAGGAUAUGCUUGUACAAGUAUCCAUGGAGACCGAUCACAGAGAGAUAGAGAGGAAGCUCUUCAUCAGUUCCGCUCAGGAAAAAGCCCAAUUCUAGUGGCUACUGCUGUGGCAGCAAGAGGACUAGACAUUUCAAAUGUGAAACAUGUCAUCAAUUUUGAUUUGCCAAGUGAUAUUGAGGAAUAUGUACAUCGGAUUGGCCGUACAGGACGUGUAGGAAACCUUGGACUUGCCACCUCAUUUUUCAAUGAAAGAAAUAUAAAUAUCGCAAAAGAUUUGUUGGAUCUUCUUGUUGAAGCCAAACAAGAAGUGCCAUCUUGGUUGGAAAACAUGGCUUAUGAACACCACUAUAAGAGUAGCAGUCGUGGCCGUUCUAAGAGAUUCAGUGGAGGCUUUGGUGCCCGUGAUUAUCGACAAAGUAGCAGUUCUGGCAGCUCCAGCUAUAGUAGUGGUCGUGCAAGCAGCAGCCGCAGUGGUGGAGGUGGUCAUGGCAGCAGCAGAGGAUUUGGUGGAGGUGGCUAUGGAGGCUUCUACAGUAGUGAAGGAUAUGGAGGAAAUUACAGCUCUCAGGGGGUUGACUGGUGGGGCAACUGAAUCUGCUUUGCAGCCAAGUCAC